GAGGGAAGUGAUUUUUCACAAGAGCACCCGGGUGAUGCAUCAAAAAGUGAGACUCUGAACCCAGAAUCAGACGCAAAAAAAUAGAGGACUGACAUCCUGAUGCUUGGGAGGAGGGACCCGCUGGGAAACCCAGGGACAAGAAAUAGUGUCUCUAGGGAAGCGAGAGGACAGUCUUAAUUCAGUUCUCCGAAGGAACCGUCACUGGCCCAAGCUCGAGAACAAGUAACCGCCAUUCUCAACCGCCCAACUGACAGAUGUAAACCACCCUCCCACCCCUCCAACUUAUAGACAGGGAGGGGGCGGGGCCGAUAGCCCUCGGCGCUUUCUCCUCGACCUGCCGUAAACCGGCGUUCUCUCGCGACAUUGCCGCGCAUCCAUUACGUGCGCGGUCCCCGGGUCUUCGUUCCCCUCCCCCCGCCCCUCCGCCUCCCACCCCACUUUCCGCCUGGGCCGCCAUUCUCUCGUGCCCGCGCCGGUCGGUUGGUGGCGCCUUUGUCCUACGACGGACGGCUACGGAAAGGAAGGAGGCGGCCCCAGCGGCCUAGGCGCAUAUGACGGCAGCCGUGGAGGCGGUGGCUGCCCCUUGAGGAAAAGAACGGCUGGGGAAAGCCCACUACUCUGGUAGCGAUAUUAAUAAGGCAGCGGAAAGAAGAAAUAUGAAUACGGCUCCAGCAAGACCCAGCCCAGCACGAAGGGAUCCAUAUGGUUUUGGAGAUGGUCGGGAUGCAAGACGGGAUCGGUCCCCAGUUCGAGGCAGCCCAAGGAGAGAACCCAGGGAUGGCAGGAAUGGCCGAGAUGCCCGAGACUCCAGAGACAUGCGGGACCCCAGGGAUGCCAGAGACAUGCGGGACCCCAGGGAUUCUAGAGACAUGCGGGACCCCAGAGACAUGAGGGACCCUAGAGAUCCCAGAGACAUGCGGGAUCCCAGAGAUAUGAGGGAUCCCAGAGAUGCCAGAGACAUGCGGGAUCCUCGGGAUAUAAGAGAUCUCAGGGACCUUGGAGAUCCUCGAGAGCUGAGAGAUCCCAGGGAUAUGAGAGAUCUGCGUAAUAUUCGAGAUGCCCCACGAGACCCUAUGUAUGACAGAUAUCAAGAUGUGAGGGAUUCACGAGAUCCUGUCUUUAAUAGAGACCACUUUGAUGGGCGAACUCCUCCAGGCCCAGAAAGUCAGUCCCGUUCUAAAGAGCGUCUGAAGCGUGAAGAGCGGCGUAGAGAAGAACUGUAUCGGCAGUAUUUUGAAGAAAUCCAAAGGCGCUUUGAUGCUGAAAGGCCUGUAGAUUGCUCUGUGAUCGUGGUCAACAAGCAGACAAAAGAUUAUGCCGAGUCCGUGGGGAGGAAAGUUCGAGACCUAGGCAUGGUGGUAGACCUAAUUUUCCUCAACACAGAGAUGUCACUGACACAGGCCCUGGAGGAUGUUGGCAGGGGGGGAUCUCCUUUUGCCAUUGUCAUCACCCAGCAGCACCAAGUUCAUCGCUCCUGUACAGUCAAUAUCAUGUUUGGUACUCCACAAGAACAUCGUAACAUGCCCCAAGCAGAUGCCAUGGUGCUGGUAGCAAGGAACUAUGAACGCUACAAGACUGAAUCUCGGGAGAAGGAACGAGAGGAAAUCGCCAGGCAGGCAGCCAAGAUGGCAGAUGAGGCCAUUAUGCAGGAAAGGGAGCGAGCAGCAGCAGCCCCCAUGGAAGAAGGGGUACGAGGUGGCCAUCCACCUGCCAUCCAGAGCCUCCUCAAUUUAUUGGCUGAUAACAGGUACCUCACUGCUGAAGAAACAGAUAAGAUUAUUAACUAUUUACGUGAGCGGAAGGAACGGCUUAUGAGGAGCAGCACAGACCUUCUGCCAGCUACUAUUUCCUGCCAACCCCUUGGGGCGACUUCGGGCACUUCACUGAAAUCCCAGUCCAGCCUGCCUAGCCCCCAGCCUCUCCAGAGCAGUCAGGCACUCCCUCCGGCUACACCAGCUCCAGCAUCAGCCCCCACCCCACAGCAGGAGCUUCAGGCCAAAAUCCUCAGCCUCUUUAAUAGUGGUGCUGCCACUGCUGCAGCAGCAGCUGUUGUGGCCAACAGCAGUCCAACCCCUGCCACAGCUCCCCCAGCAGGCACACAGAACCAGAAUUUUGCCACCAUGGCUAACAACCAGUCUCAGCAGAGAUCACAGGCCUCAGGCAACCAGCCUCCAAGUAUCUUGGGACAAGGAGGCUCUGCCUGCAACGUAGGCCCCAGGCCCGGGGCUCCAUCUCAAGGGCUCUUCGGCCAGUCCUCCAGUCGCCUGGUACCUGCAAGCAAUGUUGCUGGCCAAAGGCCAGUGUCCUCCACAUAUAUCAACUUUGAUAAUCCAAGUGUACAGAAAGCCCUGGACACCCUGAUCCAGAGUGGCCCUGCCCUCUCUCACCUGGUGAGUCAAACCACAGCACAGGUGGGACGAUCCCAAGCCCCUCUGGGAUCCUACCAAAGGCAUUAUUGAUGCUAAUCUAUCAAUACUACCUUCCCUUCAUCCCCACUCCUUCCUCUUUUACCCAUUUGCCACAUUCAUAGAGUUUUUCCAAGAAGGUUCCGUCCACAUACAUAUUGAGUGUCAUGAGCCUGUAUUACACCUUUCCUUCCCACCCCCAGCUUUGUUAGUCAUCUUCCCCAUGGGCAGAGUUUGAGAGGCUCCGAGAUUUAGGGAGCAGAAGUGUAGGUGUCUGAGCUGAGUUGGCAAUUGGGUAUUCCUUGAGCUUAGGAGUUAAAGAAACCUAGACCUGGGUUUAGCCUUUCCUUAGGGCAGCUGAAAUAAGUUUCUGCUCCACUUAGUUUGGAAUGUCAUUUGUUUAUUCAUGGUCCAGAGCCAUUGCCUCUGCUCAUUUAAACAGCCACUAGCCCCCUUAGGAGGAAGCAAUAUUUAAAGGAAAGCUUGCCAAUUUAACACAGUACAAACCUAUAUUCUGCAAAACCUACUCAGGAGGGAAUCAAGAAAGCAGUUGGCAAACUGGGUUUGAGUAGACACAGUGUCACCGACAAAAGCUAGAGGGAGAGACCAAUUUGAGGUUUAAUAAAAUCUUCCCUCAGGAUUUGGGAAAGGAAUUGGCCACAUUGUAGCCAUGAAAGCUUAUUAGCCAGGGCAUUUCAGCCUGUUCAGAGUUUUUGCAUUUAACUUAGCCAUCCCCACAGACCAAAUAGCUCCACUCGCUAACAAUUUAGCCCAGAUUAUAUGCCUAUCUCCAGGUCCCCCUCCUGUGACUGGCCUAUUAGUUUCUCUCAUGGAUGGUUAUCAGGUGGAGGAUGGUAAGGAGUCUAUAAUAUAAGCAAAUGCAACUCUAGAACCUGGCCCUAGAAUUCCAUUUUCUCAAAGAUUAUUAUUAUUUUUCUUUUUUUUUUUUUUUUGAGCAAUUAGCUUGGAGAAACAGACUGUUCAUCUCAACCCACUUGUUUGCUUUUUGGAGGAGAGGAGUUGUGGGCAAGGGAUAAUUUGAGGGCAGAUGUUCUAGCAGCUGCAAUGCAUCUUGUUAUGGACACCAACUUUCCAUUCCUAAGUUUUAGCCUGAAUGAAAUUGUUGAUAGGAGAGCAUCUGGCUUCUGUUCUCUGUUGACACCAAAGGAAGCUGCUCUAUCCUUGGGGAUAUGCUCAUUCUACCCCUCUGAGCCAAAGCCUCUGGGGCUUGGGAGGGCCAGGAGGUUGGGCCUAUAGCUGUGCCAGGGCCUGCAGCUGUUUGAACUUGGUUUAGAAAACUCAAGGUCCCUUAGGUGGCAGCUUUUUAUGUUCCAACUUGUUUGUGUUAUAUAGUGUUUUUUCUCUUUGAAACUUUUGUGUUGUUAAUAAGAAUAUUACUUUUUAAUUAAAGAAGAAAAAUGCAAAAACUGUGUCUGUCCUAUUGGAUGGUUUUCAGUCUGAAAAUUUGAAAUGGACCUCUGGGACAUCACAUCAUGGAGUCAAAUAAUGGUAUCACUGAUUAAAUGGCUUCAAAUGUUGCAUUUUAUAAUAUCCUUAUUAUGCCGUCUUUCAGCUUCCCAACCAACAAGUCUACCCCAUCCAUCCAGAGUCAGCUGCUUUCUUUGGCAAAGUACUACAACCAGAAUUUUUUUUUUAACCUUUUCUGAAGCUGCUUACUUAGUAAUAAGCUCUUUAAUAACUAUUGAUAGCAAACAACUUCUAGAUAGUUAAAUUUUACACUUAAAACACUUGUUUUACCGAUAGUUUCUUCCACAUGGUUCCAUACAGAUUCUGCUUAGGUCCUUGUGUGCUAGGAAAAUUUUGGACUUUGAUUUUUUUUUUGGUAAUGAUUAAGGGAAGGAGUUUCCAGUACCCAAUCUCUCACUUGCCUGAACAACGUCACCAUUUUAUCCUGACCACUCAAAAAACAGUUAAUAUUAUCUUGAGUUAAGAUGAUGUUGUCCAGCCCCUUCAUUGUAUGAAGGAGGAAAACUGAGGCUCAAAUUGGGGGAAGGGACUUGCUUAGGUCUGCACAACUAGAGUGAAAAUUCCAACCCAGAUCUCCCAACUUCCAGUCAAGUGCUCUUUCCAUUAUAUCACAUUCAUUUCUUUACUGCUUUUGUUCUUUGUCCAACUGAAUCUAGACUGGAAAGAUAGUCAAGUAUCCUGAAAAAAAAAAAGCUCAACUCUGGGCAGGAGAACUAGGCCUGGGAGUUUUAGAUUUUAUAAAGCUCAUGUCAGUAUGAAAGUCUUCACUCAAAGAAAACAAUGUUUCCCUGAAUACUUCUGCCCUGUUCCUUUUUCUUUCCAAUAUCGACUUGAGACACUGCAAGCCAUGAAGGGUGUAAUAAAAUUCUUUUUAUUGCAUUUUGUGCAGACAAGAGUCUAAAAAAUUAAUACAGUAAAAGCUAUAAAGCAUUAAACAGGAGCAUUCAACAAUUAAAGAGAGAACCAACCCCUCCCUUUUAAUAUUGGCACAAAAAACACAAAGAUACUGAGAAGAAAUGCUGAAUACCUAAACACUUGCACAGAAAAUUAAAGGCAAGCCCAAGAAUAAGAAUAAUAAAUACUCUGAUUUUGGUUUGCAACCUGUCCUAUUUACAAGAUCUUUAAACUUCUUUGCAUUGCCCUGCACAGAGAUCUCUAAACACAAAAGCAUACUAGUCACUACAAGGCUAUUGAAAUAUUGCACUCAGAAUAAAAGUCACUUGGAUGGACAUAAAACAUCAAAACUACAGUGAUUAUAAAGGUAAUUUAAUGAAUGACUUGUGGGAACAUUCAUAACAAAUAUAUUGCACAUGUAGCACAGAAAAGGGAGGGGAUUUUUAGGGGUCUGAGUUUUUUGUCAUCCACAGAAACUCAACCCAUGGGGCUGCUGCUUACUGCUGGGAUCUUAGGUCUUGCCAGCUGGGAAAUCUGGGACUAGACAGUGCAGCUUGGUGCUCUGAUAGAUGUUGGCAUUGCCUUUUCCCCAACUAUCCAUGGGGCAAAAGGUCAAGCAGUUUCUAGGACUGGUCUGUACUAACUAGGGCUGCCUUUGGCCAGGGUGACCUGGACUUCAUAUUUUUUAAGCUGUCUGGGGCUUGGUCAUUUUGUAGAAUCUGACCCAAGAACCAAAAUCCAUCUUCAUUCCUGAUCAAAUCGCCUCCCCCAGCCUCCAUUUCUCAUAUCCCACUAAAUUCUGUCUGCCUCAGGCUGGCAAGGGGAGAAGAGAGGAGAGAGUAAAGUCAAAGAUAGUGUUCGCUGGUCUUAACUAGGUUCCAAGACCCUGCUGGCUCCCACACAA